CUGUACGACUGAAGGCCGGGGCGCGGAUUGGAGAAGGUCGCGUGGAGAUUCUCAAAGGCACUGAAUGGGGCACCAUCUGUGACGACCGCUGGAACACCUUGUCUGCCAGUGUGGUCUGCCGGGAGCUGGGGUUUGGCAGUGCCAAGGAGGCACUGACUGGGGCUCGGAUGGGUAAAGGAAUGGGGCCGAUUUAUCUGAACGAGGUUCAGUGCACUGGGUUUGAGAAGUCGAUAUGGGAUUGUGCAGCAAAGAAUAUCUCUCAGGACGACUGCCGGCACACUGAAGAUGCAGGUGUUCGUUGCAAUGUCCCCUACAUGGGCUUCGAAACUACGAUCCGCAUCACUGGAGGACGUACCCGUUAUGAGGGUCGGCUGGAGAUAUUGACCACAGCGGCUAAUGGCACUCAGCAGUGGGGCCUGGUCUGCGGAGAAGCCUGGGGCAUGUUGGAAGCCGUGGUGGCGUGUCGGCAGCUGGGCAUUGGAUACGCCAAUCAGGGCGUCCAAGAAACCUGGUACUGGGAUGCUGACACUGGUGCCCAGGAGAUGGUGCUGAGUGGUGUGAAAUGCACGGGAGAUGAAAUGACUUUGAGCCAGUGUCAGAGCCACGGAGUCAACGUGAAGUGCAAGAAGAGUGGCACUCGCUUUGCUGCUGGAGUGAUCUGUUCAGAGACUUCCUCGGACCUGAUCUUGGAUGCGCGCCUUGUCCAGCAGACGGCAUAUAUCGAGGACAGGCCCCUGCACAUGUUGUACUGUGCUGCUGAGGAGGACUGCCUCUCCAGCUCAGCCCGAAAUGCCAACUGGCCAUAUGGGCAUCGCAGGCUGCUCAGAUUCUCCUCAGAAAUCCACAACAUCGGCCGAGCAGACUUCAGACCCAAGGCUGGCCGACACUCCUGGGUCUGGCACGAGUGUCAUGGACACUACCAUAGCAUGGACAUCUUCACACACUAUGACAUCCUGACGCUGAAUGGCAGCAAGGUGGCAGAGGGGCACAAGGCCAGCUUCUGCCUGGAGGACAGCGACUGUGAUGACAAUGUGGCCAAGAGGUAUGAGUGCGCUAACUUUGGAGAACAGGGGAUCACUGUGGGCUGCUGGGAUUCCUAUCGUCAUGACAUUGACUGCCAAUGGAUUGAUAUCACCGAUGUCAAACCUGGAAACUACAUCAUGCAGGUUGUGAUUAACCCGAACUAUGAAGUGUCUGAGAGUGACUUCACCAACAAUGCCAUGAAAUGUAAUUGUAAAUACGACGGCCAUCGAAUUUGGAUGCACAACUGUCACAUCGGCGAUGCUUUCAGUGAAGAAGCUGAGCGGGAAUUUGAGAAAUACCCUGGGCAGUUGAACAAUCUGAUUCCCUAAUCACUGUUCCAGCACCGUCUCACUGGGGAGUCUGCUCUGUUGGUGCUAACCUCCUCCUGGAGUGAACUGGGCAUCUCCCCUCUUCCCAAUAACUAAACUCUCCUGAUCCCUCUAAACAGUGAACAUUGAGCCCUAACAGCCGAGACUGGAUUACUGGAUGUUUCAGUAAACACACGAGUGAAGUGUCUCUAACACACAGUGAGAAACAGCAGGGUCAGGGACACAGACAGCGUUCCACUAGCAGCAUUGUGAGGCUACAUACACCCUGUGGUCUGCAGCAGUUCUGGAAGGGAGCUCAGUACCACCUUCUCCAGGGCAACUGGGGACAGGCGAUAAAUGCUGGCCCAGCCAGCGAUGCCCACAUUCGGGAAUCACAGUCAAUACCCAUUGCAUCAUCAUGUCUGUGUGUAGUGAGGGGAAUCUCACAUACAGGUCCCUGUCCCCUCAGUGUGUGUGUGUCUGUGUCUGUAUGGGGGAGUUACACACAGACCCCUGUCCCCUCACUGUGUCUGUGUCUGUGUCUGUAUGGGGGAGUUACACACAGACCCCUGUCCCCUCACUGUGUGUCUGUAUGGGGCAGUUACACACACAGGCCCCUGUCCCCUCACUGUGUGUCUGUCUGUAUGGGGGAAGUUAAACACACAGGCCCCUGUCCCCCUCAUUGUGUGUCUGUCUGUCUGCAUGGGGGAGUCACACACAGACCCCUGUCCCCUCACUGUGUGUCUGUCUGUAUGGGGGAGUUACACACACAGAGCCCUGUACCCUCACUAUGUGUCUGUCUGUAUGGGGGAGUUACACACAGAGCCCUGUCCCCUCACUGUGUGUCUGUCUGUAUGGGGGAGUCACACACACAGAGCCCUGUCCCCUCAUUGUGUGUCUGUUUGUAUGGGGGAGUCACACACACAGAGCCCUGUCCCCUUAUUGUGUGUCUGUCUGUAUGGGGGAGUCACACACACACAGAGCCCUGUCCCCUCACUGUGUGUAAGGAGUGUUGCAGACCCAUCCCUCACUGUUGUGAAACUCCAGCAGCUGACCUCUUGUAUCCUGUCCAUAGUGUAGGCCGUCAACACCUCAAUGCAGAAACUUGGGCCCAGAUUAAUGUUUCUACUAAUUCCUGUCCGUUCCCAUCGAGUGGGGAGAAUGUGAGCACUGACCAGUACAACCAGUAAUCUUACCCCCUCCCUUAUUGCCGGAGCCUGCAGCAUCGCAGUGAAUGUGACUGUAAUAGCCUGCAGUGUGUAGAAAGAGAGUCUGCUCUCACCAACAAUACAAGACAGAAAAUAUACAAGAUCAAUAGUUAAUUUUAUUAAAGAGUUUAUAUAUAAUUUACAAACCUUCUUCUAACUUCUAUCAGCCCAAACCUGUAAUUAAUAGUUUGAAUAAAAGUUUGCACUUUUUUAAAA